AUGUCGUCAACCCCCAUGGAUCUGGACCGCCCUAGCGGCGUGUCCAUCAACGGACGAUCUCUAAAUAUUCAGAGGUCGUUUGGCGGUACAGCAUCUGUAUCUAACCUGAGCGACGUCAUACCCAGCUUUAGACCUACCAAGCUGCUCCGACGCGAAGACCUGAAAGAAGGUCGCCCAGUGCCGCAUGUCCUGUCCAUCGACUACGACGAUGAGGGCGAGCUGUUGAUGACGUCCGCAAGCGACGAGACGAUACAGAUCUACAAUGUAAAGGAAGGUCGCCACGACAAGAGCCUCCUUAGUAAAAAGUACGGCGUCAAGCUGGCCAAGUUUACGCAUACGAAUUCGAGCAUCAUAUAUGCCAGCACGAAGCAGAACAACGCCAUUCGAUACCUUGCGACCCAUGACAACUCGUUCAUACGCUACUUCGAAGGGCAUGAGGGCAACGUGACCAAUCUCGCGGUUCAUCCCGGCAGCGACAAUUUCAUAUCGUGCUCUCAAGACAACACCGUCCGUCUUUGGGACACCCAGUCCAAACAUUGGCAGGGGCAAUUGUUUCUCAGAUCGCCGUAUCUUGCAGCGUACGACCCUUCGGGCAUGGUCUUUGGCGUUGCAUGCCCUAGUAGCGGAACUGUGCUAUUAUACGACGUUCGUAACUAUGACAAGGCUCCGUUUUCGACCGUAGAUGUAGUGGAGCAGUGCAGCAAGAUCGACCAGCAGAACCUUGUCAAGGGUUGGACCAAGCUGGAGUUCUCCAAUGAUGGCAAAUCGCUGCUUGUCGGUACCAAGGGCAAUGGGCAUUUCCUCCUGGAUGCGUUUGAGGGGACGCUCAAGGCCUACCUGCGCAAGCCUACGGGCGGAACCAGGCGACAGGCUCCAGGUGAGACGGCCUCAUUAUCAAACGGCAAUGCGGCAACGGAUCCUUCGAAUUUCGACAGCAGCGGGGACUGUUGCUUUGCGCCAGAUGGCCGGUUCAUCAUAAGCGGAUCAAGACAGGAUAUCUUGGUGUGGGAUUCUUUGUCCUCGAUACCCGACCAUAAGGUGUUGGAGCCCAACUGGACGCUCCCUGACAAGAGGGAAACAGCCGUUGUUGCCUUUAACCCCCGGUUCAACUUCUUUGCCACGGCGGAUCAAGAUUUAUUGUUCUGGUUACCGGAUGCCUCCUACAUGAGCACCUAG